UAUUUAACAGAACCAUUACUCCGUCAUCCUUCCACACACCACACCAUCGAGCUAGUAAACAAUACACAUGGCGAGUCUCUGUCUCUCAUCGUCCCGAGUAGUCUCUCUCCACCACCAGAAAACUUUUCUCUCUUUAAAACUCCGGCCUCGUUCAUCAAGUCUCUCCGCCGGUAUAUGUCACGCUACUACGGGUUCUGUUUCCUUCAAUCCGUUAAGGUUGUUGGCUGAUCGUCAUCGAACAAGAACCGCUACGGUGUCCGCGAGGGUUGAGAAACGGCAAAAGAGAGGAUCGAGCUUGGUGUGUUAUGCUUCUCCGGUUUCUGUCUAUAAUCUACAAUGGAUCUCAGCUCUUUCUUGCAUUGCAUUGAUUCUUGCAAGGGGUACUGGUAUCCAAAAGUCCGUUGUUGUUCCACUAUUCGCUCUACACGCACCAUCGAGCAUUGUCGCUUGGAUUAAAGGAGAAUAUGGCGUUUGGGCAGCUUUCAGCGCGCUUAUUGUUCGACUGUUCUUUACUUUUCCAAGUGAACUUGAGCUGCCAUUCAUUGCAUUACUCUUGGUGAUUGUUGCUCCACAUCAAGUUAUGAGCAUAAGAGGGAGGCAAGAAGGAGCAAUCAUAUCAUUAGCAAUCUCUUGUUUUCUGGCUUUCCAACAUUUCUCAAAAGCAGGCAGCUUGGAGAAAGCAUAUGAGAAGAGUUCAGUUCUUGCCACUGUAGCAAUUAUUGGUGUCACUGUUGUAUCCCUUCUUUUCUUGUUAUAAACUUAAUUUGCUCCUCCACAAAAAGACUCUCAUCAUCUGUAAAAAAUAUCUCUGUAUCAAUGUGCUGUAAAUGUGCUGUAAAUGCUGAUACAUUGAUGUGAUGCUUGUAUUUUGGUCUUUUUUUU